UACUAAAGUAGGAAGUGAACACAAGUCCCUCGUAUACACAUAUAUAUAUACAGAAAUAUUUGAAUCUAUAAGCUAGAAGAAUGCCGAUUUCCAGCAUUGCCAUUGGAACACCGGCAGAAGCCCAGUCACCAGAUGCUCUGAAAGCCGCCCUUGCGGAGUUUAUCUCCAUGCUUAUUUUUGUUUUUGCUGGUGAAGGUGCCGGCAUGGCUUUUGGCAAAUUAACGGAUGGCGGAGCAACAACACCGGCUGGUCUUAUUUCAGCUUCAAUAGCGCAUGCUUUUGCACUAUUCGUGGCUGUGUCGGUUGGUGCUAACAUCUCAGGGGGUCACGUGAACCCGGCUGUCACGUUUGGAGCAUUUGUGGGGGGGCACAUUUCGUUCUUUAAGAGCAUACUAUAUUGGAUUGCACAAUGCCUAGGGUCUGUGGUUGCUUGCUUGCUUUUAAAGUUUGCAACUGGUGGCUUGGAAACUUCAGCUUUUGCUCUUUCUUCCGGUGUAGGUGAAUGGAACGCAGUUGUGUUUGAGAUAGUGAUGACUUUUGGACUGGUCUACACUGUUUACGCAACAGCAGUUGAUCCUAAGAAGGGAGAUUUGGGGAUUAUUGCUCCAAUAGCAAUUGGUUUCAUAGUGGGUGCAAACAUCUUAGCUGGCGGUGCCUUCACUGGAGCAUCCAUGAACCCUGCAGUGUCUUUUGGCCCGGCUGUAGUCAGCUGGACCUGGAACAGCCACUGGGUCUACUGGCUAGGCCCAUUUGUGGGUGCAGGUUUAGCUGCUCUAAUCUAUGAGAUCAUCUUUAUUGGCUUAAGUACUCGAGCAACUCCCAACCACAGGUUACUAAGAAUCAAUAUCUCGCUCUCACACAGACAGAGUGAAUGGGUAGUGAAGGAUGGUCUCAAUUCUCAAAUUAUUGUUAAUGUUUGUGGGGUGUUAUAGAAGUUGGUUGUUUUAAAUUGUGUCUGGUGAGAAAUCUUUUGACUAUGUACCUAUGUGAAUAGUUUUUGUUGUUAUGAAUCAAGUUGUGAAUUUAUCAUUGUGGCUCA